UGGUGUUCAUGUUGAGCGCGCCUUGCUGCUGAGGAACCGCUAGGUGGGAAUUAUUCAGACAUUCUCGCUGUACACUGGGAGCCACCGCAAGCACCAGAGCCAUGUAAACAGAAGGCUGAUUUCAUAGAUUUUGGCCUACAGGUUUUUAGGCAAAAUCUGCAGGAAUGGGCAAGCGAGAUAAUAGAGUGGCAUACUUGAACCCAAUAGCUGCUGCCAGAGCCAGAGGACCUGUUCCCAACCAUGGCACCACCAUUCAGGAUUAUCUCAGCAGACCACGGCCAUCAUGGGAGGAGGUAAAAGAACAACUGGAAAAGAAGAAGAAAGGCUCCAAAGCUCUGGCUGAUUUUGAGGACAGAAUGAACAAGCGAUGGAAGAAGGAACUGGAGAAAAACAGGGAGAAGGUACUUGGUGGAGGUGAAAAGAAAGAAAAAGACAAGCAGAAGGAAAAGAAAGAGAAAAAGAAGGAGAAGAAAAAGUCCAGUAGGGUGAGGAGAGCUCUCCUUUUUCAUAUCCUGAGCAACUGUAAACCACAUUCCUCAUCUUCCUCCUCCUCCUUAUCGAAUUCUGAUUCCUCCUCCAGUUCCUCCUCAGACUCUGAAGAUGAUGAAAAGAAAAAUAUGAAAAAGAAGAAAAAAAGAAAAAGAUCCUCUACCCGGAAAGCGUCUGAUGAUUCUGACACAGAGUCAGAGACUGAUAGCAGGGAGUCAUCCAAGAAAAAGAAGAAACUGGAUGGAGAGAAAGACAUGGAUGAAAAGGACGGCCGAAGGAAGAGGAAAGCUGAAAGGAGUCACACAGAGUCCUCAGACGAGUCUGGUGUAGACAGAGAUGCCGAGUCCAAAAAGAAAAAACGCAGUAGUGAAGAGGAGAAAAUUACAGACAAGUCUAAGAAGAAAAAGAAAAAGAAGAAGCAUAAGAAACACAGCAAAAAGAAAAAGAGGAAGACAUCCGGCUCUGAGUUGGACUAAAGGACUAGUGAGUGUGGCGUCCUGCACAAUAGGCAGCUGGAAUUCGAGUGGGAAUAUAGACGGAGCUCUUGCCAGACUGUGGGGGGAAAAACAUUAGAUAUUUGUCCCAGUGAUUCUUAAAAGUGGGUGCUUCUUAGCACUGUGCGGCUUUGUGGCCGACUUGGAUGAGAGGAUCAUUUGGCCGGGGAGUUAUAAGGGGUUUGAGGUUCAUUAUGUCAGGUUUGUGUUUUUUUUUUUUUUAAGCAGAUGAUUCUCAGUCCAAAUAAAGGUCAUUUACACCACUGGCGGCCCUGUGUACAGUAUGUUUUUGCUGAUUUGGAUCUGCAUGAGAAAUUCUGGUUUACAGGUUGUAAUGGCGGCCGAUUUGCAGUAAAUAUUUUUAGAAAAUUAAUGCUUCUGUUUUUCCCUAUGAAACUGACAAUGGUCUUUCUGUGAUAUUAGAACGAAGCAGAGUCUUCAGCGGCAUGGCAAAACAACUGUAUGUUGCCCAAGUUGUGAAUGUGAGCUUGCACUUUGUUAAUUGUAAUGCAAUAAAACACCACAAAAAAAGAAGGUAAAACUGCACAAAAUU